AUGAGUGAGGUCGAGUCCAGACUAGCAGAGUUACAAUCCACCUUAGCUGGGCAUAAAAGAACUGAGUAUACUCUGGAAGCUGACUACGAGGCUAGUAGGGAGGAGCUGCGCAAAUCUGUUGAUGCAUUAUCUGUGAUCAAAAGUCUUAAUGCACAAAUGACAACGAUUGAGACCCUAUACCAGGAUAAUCUAUUUUUCUCUAAUGAAUUGGAGGGACUCAAGCAACUUUUCCCUAGAAGAUCCACCCACUCUACCGAGCACUCUACUGUUCAGGACUGCUGUCCUGUCCGAUGA